CAAGUCAAAGGCAGUAGGCAGCCAUGGCCAUUUCACCUUCCUCCAUUUUUAUAUUCACCAUCAUCGUCUUCUUCCUCUCUAAUUAAUUCGGUGGACUUCCAACUACCAUCUCUUUCAUCCCCUCAACUAAUUUGACUUUCCAUUGGCGAAUAACGAAGAAAAUUAAAAUGGGGGCGCUGUGUUCAAAGCCGAAGUCGAAAUCGGCGCCAAACCCUUACGCAGGCAGAAGCACAGGCUUGGAGAAGCAGUAUCAAGAGCAGCGGCGGCAGCAGCAGCGAGAGGGGCGUAGAGAAACCACUACUAAGGUUGCGGCCGCUCAGGAGCCCGUUGAGGCUGCUAAAGAGCCGCCGAGGCUGUCGUCUGCUAGGGAAUCGCCGAGGUCGUCGGCUUCUAGAGAGUCGCCGAGGGGCUCCGGUCGUUUCUCGGCUGCCAGUGAUGAUGAGUUCUAUGAUGGGAUACCGCGAUACCAGAAGAGCUCGUCCUAUUUGAAAUCGAGAUCGUUGAGGUCUGCUAAGGUUUCAGAAGUGGGAUCUCUUUUAAGCCGAGCCAGCAGUGCUGGACUUGGAAGGGCAGCAGAAGUUUUGGACUCACUCGGCAGUAGUGUGUCUAAUUUGAACAUAAAAGGAGGAUUUGUGUCGGGAUCAGCUAAUAAAAGUAAUGAGCUUUCUAUCCUAUCAUUUGAGGUAGCCAAUACAAUAGUUAAAGGCUCAAGCCUUAUGCAAUCACUUUCGAAACGAAGCAUACGACAGCUGGAAGAAAUAGUGCUUCCUGAAAAAGGUGUUCAAGAAUUAAUAUCAAAUGACAUGGAUGAACUCUUCAAGAUUGUUGCAUCAGAUAAAAGGGAGGAGCUGAAGGUUUUUGCUGGAGAAGUAAUCCGCUUUGGGAAUCGAUGUAAAGAUCCCCAGUGGCACAACUUGGACCGGUUCUUUGAGAAACGUAGCAGAGACCGUACCCCUCAGAAGCAGUUGAAGGAAACAGCAGAAUCAGUGAUGAUGCAAUUGAUGACUCUAGUCCAAAUUACUGCUGAGCUAUAUCAGGAGCUGCACACACUUGACAAAAUUGAACUAGAACAUCAGCGUAAGCGUUUGGAGGAGUUUAGAUACAAUGCUGCACAACGAGGAGACAGAGACAACAGUGUCAGUAUUUUGGCUACGGAAGUGAAAAACCAAAAGAAACUGGUGAAAACCUUAAAGAAAAAGUCAUUGUGGUCCAGAACUAUGGAAGAGGUUAUGGAGAAGCUUGUUGAUAUUGUGCUAUUUCUUAAUCAGGAAAUCAACCAUACGUUCGGCAAUCCAGAAAGUGAGGCACCGGAUAAAGAAAUCAACAACAAUCGACUAAGGCUGGGACCUGCUGGGCUUGCAUUACAUUAUGCUAACAUCAUUCUGCAGAUUGACUCAAUUGUAGCGCGUUCGAGUUCCAUUCCUCAAAGCUCCAGAGAUACUUUGUAUCAGGGCCUGCCACCAAACAUAAGAGAUUCAUUACGAUACAAGCUACAGUCCUUCCAUGUCGAGAAGGAGUUAACUGCAUUAGAAGUCAAAGACGAGAUGGAAAAGACACUACAUUGGCUCGUGCCAGUUGCCACAAACACAGCUAAGGCUCAUCAUGGCUUCGGCUGGGUCGGAGAGUGGGGAAACACAGGGUCUGAAACAAAUAGCAGGGCCUCCGGGCCUAUGGAUAUAAUGCAAAUUGAGACGCUCCACCAUGCUGACAAGCAAAAGACGGAAGCAUACAUCCUUGAUCUACUCGCUUGGCUAAAUUAUUUGGCAAGCCGUUCCAAGGCUGCUCCAAAGGGAGUAGGAGCUGUCAGACCAUUGAACAAGCCAGCAGCUGUUCGUUCACCCCCAAAGACAACCGAUCAGCCAUCUGCUGCAAAUGAUACGAGCCAAGAAGCAGGGUAAGACAGUACUUCUGACUCUUUUCCCGAAGAAAGGAACAUGGAGAAGUUCAACACCGAUCCUUGAAAAACGCAGUCGUCGAGCUGCAUAUCCAUAAGUUAUGGGCAUAACAGUGAGAAAUUGAGUGCAGAAGCUGUAGGUAAUGUGUGGUGCAUCAUGUAUAUAAAAGGAGAAUGGUACCAAUGUUACAAAUCUUGUUGUAUCAUAUAUGCAAUAUAUAAAAAUGUGACAAGAAAAUCAACAAUUUACAAACCACUUUGGAGCAUAAUAGUUGAUUCCAGUAGUGAGCUACGAAAUUUGUACCAUCUUGAAGUAUUGUCACACAUUUUUUA